UACCUCCUUGCUAUGGUGUAUGCUAUAUGGGAAAUCAACAUGUCGACAGAUAUUCUACCAAAUAUCACGCUGGGUUUCAAAUUAUAUGAUACUUGCUACAAUGAAGUUAGAUCAUUGAUGGGGACAUCAUGGAUUUUAUCUGGGAAGAAACAGACAGUGCCAAAUUUCAACUGUGACAUGGAGGGCAUACCGGCUGCUAUAGUCGGUGACAUGACUUCUAAGGCCUCAAUACCAAUGGGCAGAAGUCUUGGCCUGUACAGAUUUCCACAGAUAAGUUAUGCAGCAGCACAUCCAAUCCUCAGUGACAAAUUACAGUUCCCAUCUUUCCUUAGAACCAUACCUAAUGAUGACUAUGAAAUUGUGGAAAUUGCAAAUUUAGUGAGUCACUUUAAUUGGACUUGGGUGGGGAUCAUAAGCUCUGAUAAUGAAUUGGGAAGAUCAGGUUCUCAAUUACUUACCAAGGAAGUUGAAAGGCAUGGAGGUUGCAUUGCAUUCCUUGAAAUUCUACCUAUAUAUAGCUCCAUGGAGUCGGUUUUACAAAUCAUAGAUGUUAUCAAGAAAUCAAAAGCCACAGCUAUUGUUGUGUAUUCCACCAUGGAGAACCUUAUUCCUCUAAUGGAGGAGGCCUCAUUUCACAAUAUUACCGAUAAAGUAUGGUUUGGCUGCGGCAGCUGGUCCAUCUCUUCUGACUUUCCAAGAAGAGACAUUUUGACCACUUUAAAUGGCAGUCUAGGUCUCUCACCUCCAAGUGGAAAAAUUCCUGGUUUUAAAGAAUUUCUUUACAGCAUCCACCCCUCUAAAUAUCCAGAUGACAUCUUAAUGAAAACUUUUUGGCAAAAUGCUUUUGGUUGUGUUUGGAAAACAGACAAUGCUUAUAAUUAUACAUUCUCAAACACUUCUGAAGAUCAAGUUCAUUGGUGUACAGAGAAAGAGAGAUUAGACAGUAUUGAUCCAAAUGUAUAUAAUGUGAACACAUUUGUAUACACAUACAAAAUUCACAAUGCAGUUUUUGCCAUUGCUCAUGCUUUGCAUGAAAUGCAUUCCUGUUUACCAGGCAAAGGACCCUUUCUCAAUGGUACCUGUUCUGAUAUUUCUAGUUACCAACACUGGCAGCUACUUUAUUACAUAAAAAAAGUAAACUUCCUUAAUACUGCAGGGGAAAAAGUAUUCUUUGAUAAGAAUGGAGAUAUACCCCUUUACAUGGAUAUCCUUAACUGGCAGCUCUAUGAUAAUGGCAGCAAUCAAUAUGUCCAUAUCGGCAGCUUUGAUGCACGUGCCCCAAAAGGGCAUGAACUACAGUUGGAAGAAGAAAAGAUUGUCUGGAAUAGACAUAGUCAUCCACCAAUCUCAGUGUGCAGCAAUCCUUGCCCAAAGGGCUUUAGAAGAUCCACAGGUCAAGGGAAAAAGAUCUGUUGUUUUGAUUGUGUUCCAUGCUCUGAUGGAGACAUCCUCAACCCAAACGAUAGUGCAGAAUGUCUAAGAUGUCCAGAAGAUCAGUGGCCAAACUCAUCAAAAGAGAAAUGUGUGCCAAAACCCAUUCAGUUUCUUUCUUAUGAUGAGCUGUUGGGUUCAUCCUUGACUUUCAUCUCAAUCAUUUGCUGUGCUCUCACAUUGUCUGUACUCUGUUUGUUUAUUGUGAAACAUAAAACACCCAUAGUUAAAGCCAACAACAGAGAACUUAGUUAUCUUCUUCUUGUCUCCAUUAUGUUUUGCUUCAUGUGCUCCUUAGUAUUCAUUGGACAACCAAACAUGUUAACCUGCAUGUUACGCCAAGUGGUAUUUGGAAUUAUUUUCUCCAUUUGUCUGUCAGCAAUACUAGCCAAGACUAUCACAGUCAUAAUGGUUUUCAGUGCUCCAAAUCCAGAUAGUAAAAUAAAAAGACUUGUUGGACUACGAAUUCCUAUAUACAUUGUUCCUUCAUGUACAUUGGUCCAGAUAGUCUUGUGCCUAUUAUGGUUGUCUACAUCUGCUCCUUUUGAAGAACUCAAUAUGGUGGCAGAGAUUGGAACUAUAAUUAUUGAAUGUAAUGAAGGGUCUAAAGUAUUAUUUGCCUGUGUUUUGGGCUACAUGGGACUCUUGGCGUCUCUCAGCCUCCUUGUUGCAUUUCUAGCCAGGAAUCUCCCCGACACUUUCAAUGAAGCCAAGUUUAUCACUUUCAGCAUGUUAGUGUUUGCUAGUGUCUGGAUUACAUUUAUCCCAGCUUAUCUAAGCACCAAAGGAAAACACAUGGUCGCAGUGGAGAUAUUUGCCAUCAUAUCUUCCAGUGCUGGGCUACUUGUUUGCAUAUUCUUUCCCAAAUGUUACGUCAUUUUAUUGCAACCUGAAAUGAACAAUAAGAGAAAUAUAACUGGGAGAAAAUAA